AUGAAGCUCCACACCGAUCCUAACCCUAUCUUUGACGUAGGAGCUCCUACUUCAACCGGCGGGCUAAACCAAGUCACCCACAUCUGCGACGUGCUCGGAAUUACACUCAAUGUUGAACCGCCCCGCUCCGAAUACAUGCACGGAUGGGGCAUAGACUGUCUCGACGCGAAACAGGUUGUCUGUUCAUGGAACGUGACUAUCGCUGAUACAGAGGGGAAACCGACGUCGCUCACCUUCGACAUCGUCGAAGGAGACUCACCACUGGUCAUAGGAUUAGACAUAGGCAGGCAUACGGACAGCCAUAACCUCACGGACAAGCCGUUCAUUAAGAUCUUAAGACCACACGACAACGCCCCGCGAAGAUUCAAUACAUAUAUUGCAGCAGACGAUAAAAGAAACCCCGAUUGCAUUAGGAUGAGAGUGGAACUUGCCCCGAGACCGCAAACGGCUAUUGGUACACUCCUGACGAUACUAUCGUCUAGUAGUACACACGCGCGCGAGACGAGCCCCUAA